GCGCGCCUGAGCCAUGCCGCCCGACCGGCUGCUCCCCCCUGGGAGAAAGCAUUCCCUUUGAAGAAGACUAGCUUCAGUUGAUCAAGGAUGUCUUUGACGGACAAAAGACUUGAAAAUUUGCAGAUCUAUAAAGUUCUCCAAUGUGUUCGCCAGAAAGACAAGAGGCAGAUCGAGAAGCUGACCAAACUUGGAUUCCCAGAACUCAUUAAUUUCACAGAGCCUGUCGAUGGAGAUAGUGCCCUUCAUUUGGCGUGCAUCGCAAAUGACAUAGACAUGUGCAACUUCCUGCUGGAGCAAGGAGCUCAUCCAGAUGUUCAAGACCGAAUGGGACGCACUCCUGCAAUGAAAGCCGCCGAGCUAGGACAUGACUUAGCCUUGGAUAAACUAGCGAAGGCCGAGGCAGACAUGACCAUGGUUGAUAAUGAAGGAAAAGGCAUUUUGUUUUACUGUAUUUUACCUACGAAACGGCACUGCCGCUGCGUUCAGAUUGCUUUAGAAAACGGCGCAGAUGUUAACAACUGUACUAUUGAUGGGAAGCCAGUAUUCCUACAAGCCUGUGAACAAGCACACGAGAUUAAGGAAAUAUGUCUGAAAUUUUUGGAAAGAGGAGCAGACCCCAAUGCGAUAAACCUAGCUACUGGUCGCACUGCCUUAAUGGAAGCGGCAAGGGAAGGCGUGAUAGAGGUGGUGCGUGGCAUACUUGAAAGAGGAGGAGAUGUUAACGUCUUUGACAACGAAAGACACAAUGCUGCACAUUUUGCCGCCAAGGGAGGCUUUUUUGAGAUCCUAAGAAUUAUUUCAGCUUAUAAUGGAGAUGUGGGGCUCAUUGCUAUGAAUGGGAACACGCCACUUCAUUACGCUGCUGCUGGGGGUUUUGCGGACUGCUGCAAAUUUAUAGGGCAAAGAGGCUGUGAUCCUAAAUGGAAGAACCUACUAACAAAGACCCCAAGAAUGACUGCCAAAGAAGGUGGUUUUAAAGCAGCAUCAAAGGAACUGCGCAAAAUUGAACGACUCCAUGCUAAAAUCUCCAAACCUGGACCGAAGGAAGACAAUCCACGCUGGGCGAUGAAGUUGCAUGAUUGGUCCUUAGAACACCAGACAGCCCUUCGUGAGGCAUUUGAGGUGGUGGACAGAGGUGAUGGAACAAUAAGCAAAGAUGAUUUUGCAUCAAUUAUUCAGGAGAAGUGUGAUUUUGUGGAUGCUGAACUAAUACAAACCGUAGCCCAGGCACAUGAUAAGUCUCGUGCUGGGGGGAUUAACAUUGAAGAGUUCUUUAAAGGUUCCAAAUACUUGCAAAAAGCCUAUCUUAUUUCGUCUUUUGGACCCAAAAAGAAGAAAGGGAAGAAAGGAAAAGCCAAGAAAGGCAAGUUCUCCAUCCCCGUGCCCAUCUGCGUCAUUCCAGAGAGCUUGUACCCACGCCGAAUAGAUGGCGGGCCCCCUAUGUACAUGAUUGAGACCUAUCAGAAUGUGACCGAUGGUAACCGCUUUAAUCGGGAUCACCCCCCUGAACAUCCUUUGCAGGAUGACUCUGUGUGGUACAUUGAUGAGCCGGAGAAGACUUACACCAAGAUUAACUAUCUUACUAAAGCAGGAGACAUUGUGUCACUGAAAAAAGCAUUUGAAGAGGGGGUACCAGUGGACAUUAGAGAUGUAUAUUAUAAAACUCCUUUGAUGGCUGCAUGUGGAAGUGGAAACAUGGAUGCCGUGAAAUAUCUUCUAGAGAAGGGGGCUGAUGUAAAUGCAACUGACAAUUUCAAGUGGACUCCUCUGCACCAUGCCUGCCAUGCAGGUCAACAGGACAUUGCGGAACUGCUUGUGAAGUCUGGAGCAGCGAUAGAUGCCGUUACAAUCAACAGUGCCACCCCACUGAUGAGAGCUAUUGAGAGCUGUAGACUGGACUCAGUGCAAUAUUUAAUUGAUUCUGGUGCGAAAGUCCAGAUGGAAAACAGAAAAGGCCAGAAUACUUUGGACAUUGCAAAGGCGUACGCUGACUUUAGACUAAUUGACCUGCUUCAAGAAAAACUGGACCGUUUGCCAAAACCACCAGAAACCAAAGCAGAGAAAGGGAAGAAAGGGAAGAAAGCUGGCAAGCCUAAACCAGCUGCUAAGCCCCCGCGGGGGGAGGCUGAAGCUGCAAAAGAGGAGCCACCUCCACCAAUCGUAGAAAAAUCUAUUUUUGAAGAAAAGAAAGAAUCCCUUAAGGACAAUGUUAUUCAUCUGAAUUCUUUAAUAACCAGUGGAGCUACUAAGAAAGUUGAUAUCACAUUCACACCCAGAAAAACUUGGAGCCCGGAAGCGACAACAGCCAGUCUAAUAAGAAAGCGGGAAUUGCAUCGUGAGCGCUUUACUUAUGAGGUGGACUUUGAAGACUUCAUGAUGCCAUUUAAGAAGAAUUUCAUGGGAAAAGCCCGUGCGUUAGAAAUGGCGUCUUAAAUUAAUUCAUGCCGUUCUUUGCAUCAAAGUUCAGAAAGGGCUUAAAAGCAGAGGCUCCUUUU